UAAGAGGACAAGCCCUCUAUUUAUAGCCCACUUGUCAAAAGUGGUCGUUUGCUGAUGUGGUAGCUCGAGGCGAGGCGCCUCUAAGUGGAUAAGGAUUUAUCCACUCCAACAUUCACUUUUUUGAUCAGGUAGAUUGGAGGCGCCUCGAGUAAUCCAUGGCACCUCGUCUACUGUUCAUCUGAUGCGCCAGGUUAAGCUGGACUCCACAGCUUAUCUCUUCGUCAAUGACUCCAGCUUAUUGGAGGAGCCUCCAGUUGACCUGAGGCACCUCGGGUAUUGUUCAUCAGAGGUGCCUCCAGUCAAUUAAGGCACCUCGAGCACUGUUCAUUGAAUGGUUAAUUUCAGCAUUGACCAUUCCACUUUCCCGCUCGCUUGGAUGAUGCUCCGGUUACCUAAAGUUGAGCUCACCUGAACCCAAUUCCGACUUUCUCAUUGAGCAGGCUUCCUCCUGGCUUCUCUUCCCUUGGAUGCAUCGCGUGCGUCCUUCUCGCUCCAUCGGUGUACUCUUGCACAACUCCUCUUCCCUUGACUACAUCGAGCCUGUUGACUCAUUUUCUGUAACAUCCUUCUUGCUUUCUACUUCUUCCGCUCGACUUCUUGUGUUCCUAAGUCCUUGCAUACUUAGACACAAGGCAUCAAAUCCGCAAAACCUAACUUAACUUGGUUGAGCACAUCAAAAUUAAUCCGGGGUACUUAUAGCCUAUACUCACGAACAGAGUAUCUAACAUUGGUAUGGAUCCAAUUGUUUGACAUGGCUACGUCCACAAAUUUUUAUGUUAUCAAUAUAGAUGUCCUGAAUGUGGGGUAUCCAUUCGAACUAUCAGUUUUGGACAUGGCUAUGGAGGGGAUUGAUAAAGAAUCCAAGUAUCUAAAGUUUUGAGAAUGGUAUACUAAAGUGGGUUAUGCUGGCAAUGUUGAGCCAUCCUUUUCCCUCCCUACUGUUGUAGCUGUCAAUGAGUCUUUCUUGAAUCAGUCAAACGGUGGCAACAUAGGAAAUUAUUUAGCACAGUAUAACACUGGAAUAAUGGCUGAUCUUGACUAUUUCAUUGGAGAUGAGGCUUUAUCACUGCCCUCAAGUGGAGUUUACAAUCUCAGUUAUCCUAUACAACGUAGUCAGGUUACAAACUGGGACACCAUGGAAAAAUUUUGGCAGCAGUGCAUCUACAAUUACUUAAAUUGUGAUCCUGAGGAUCACUAUUUUCUCUUGACAGAGAGCCCAAUUUGUUCUCCAGAAGAUCGUGAGUAUAUGGGAGAAAUCAUGUUUGAAACAUUCAAUGUCCCUGGACUUUAUGUAGCAGUUCAACCCAUCCUCGCACUAUCUGCUGGGUGCUCAACUGACAAACCUCAAAUGACAGGAGUCGUUGUUGACAUUGGAGAUGGAGCUACCCAUGUUGUACCUGUUGUAGAUGGCUAUAUAAUAGGGAGUAGCAUCAAAUCUUUCCCAAUUUCUGGCAAUGAUGUGACUCAAUUUGUUUUACAACUUCUACAGGAAAGAGGAGAGCUUAUUCCACCUGAAGAUUCUCUUGGAAUAGCUAGGAAGGUGAAGGAAAUGUACUGUUACACUUCAUCAGAUAUUGUCAAGGAGUACAAUAAACAUGACAAGAAGCCUGACAAGUACAUCAAGCAAUGGGUUGGCGUUAAACCAAAGACUGGUGUGCCUUUUUCAUUUGACAUUGGCUAUGAGCGCUUUCUUGGACCAGAGGUUUUCUUUCAUCCUGAAAUUUAUAUUAGUGAUUAUGAUACUCCGUUAUCUGAUGUAAUUGACAAGUGUGUCCAGUCAGCACCGAUUGACACCAGAAGGGGUUUAUAUAAGAAUGUAGUUUUAUCUGGGGGAUCAACUAUGUUUAAAGGUUUCCAAAAAAGAUUGCAGAAGGAUUUAAAGAAAAUAGUUGAUGAUCGAAUUGCAACGUCCAAUGCACGCCUUGGUGCGGAUGUAACAUCUCAGCCUGUGGAGGUCAACGUUGUAAGCCACCCUAUCCAAAGAUCUGCAGUUUGGUUUGGAGGUUCUGUAGUCGCAUCUCUACCUGAAUUCUAUGAGUCUUGUAACACAAAAGAGGACUAUGAUGAACACGGAGCAAGUAUAUGUCGAACUAGUCCUAUCUUUAAGGGGAUGUAUUGACGUCUCAUUUUAACAUCUCUCCCUUCACAAUACUUUUGGUUGUCUGCUCUAGUGAAGGUUGCGCAAAAGGAAAACAGAAACUAAUUUCUUGAGUUGUAUAGUAGAUUUGGUUAGAAGACCAAUAACAAUGCUAUCAUUUCAUUAAUUUUUAGAAGUAGGUAACAAUUGUAUAGCAUCCAUCUGAUGUGCGCUAGCUAUUGCAUUGCGAUGCAACCAAGCUGGAUGACUAUUUGUUUGUGACUUCCAGUGGUUGUAAAUUGAUCAUUUUAUUUAUUCAA